GAUGGCACCAACUCACCAGCCGCAGCCCUCGAUCCUACGAGCUUCCUCUUCGGGGUAGCAGCAAUCUGCUGGGCGCAGAGAUGGGGGACAGGAGGAAGGGUAAAGGGAAGGCUUCACGAGGCAAUGGAUCCAACACCAAAGACUACACUUCGGAUGCCACUGCUCAAAGCUCGUCGUCCCAUGUCGAUAGAGGCAUAAAAAAUCCUGUGGAGUACCUCGAUUAUUGCCAAAUGAACGAGAAGCUUGAAGCAGCAGCCUUCAAUCGAGGAUCCAAAUCGGAUAAAUUCGUGCCGCUCAACAGACUCGAGGAUAUAUGGAGGGAUAGAUUGGGUCGAUUCCUAGUUAUCCUUGGGUUGGGGAAGGACAUAUUCUUGGUUAAUGAUAUCACGAAAAACCUCAUCAAGACGCUAUCGAUCCUGGUUACUAUCGGGUGGAAGAAAUGGGAUGCAUUUGGGGAUAUAUUCUUGGAAGAGAGAGGGGGUUCGGUGAGAGGGGAUCGCAAUGACCACAAUUUGCCAUACCCUCUGGCGAUCCUGGAGGGGCAAGACGGCGACCCUUUCCUCGGAGAACAUUGGGCCGGGAAGUUUCGCGCCGAACAAAGUACCUUUAUCCCUAUCAUCAUAAAAGAAGGCGGGAACGAGAUAUACCGGGAGGGACGGCCGCUUCCCUUCAUUAGAUCGCAGACACUGAAGCUGAAGAAUGGCGGAUAUGGAAGUGUCACCAGAGAAAUUAUCGCUUGCCACCACUUUCAAUCUAGAACACCCUCUGGUGAACCAUUCUUGCAUCCUAAAGAGAUGAGGGUUGCUCGAAAAAGAUUUCCAGCAAGAGGUGACUUCAAGAAAGAGGCUCGAAACCUGGCAGAUUUGAAUUCAAGUCUUUCUGAUCACAAACGAAUCGUUCGAUAUCUGGCUGUCUUCACUGUUGAGGAUGAGGAGGACCAGGACGCCCAAAAAGAGUUUAAUAUCAUCUUACCACUUGCCGACACUGACCUGCAACAAUUCUUAUACGACAAAGCUUUCGAAGGCUCAUGGGGUAAUGUUGCCGAAAUUGUCAAGGAAGCAUCAAACCUUGCCGAUGCUAUGAGGUGGCUUCAUGAAGGCCAAAUCAUCUCAGGAAAAGUUCUUGUUUGUUGCCACAUGGACAUCAAGCUUGACAAUGUUCUAGUCUACCAGAACGACAAUCCUCCUGUUGGCUGGUGGAAAAUCUCGGAUUUUGGCAUUUCAUCAUUGAAAGAACGCAAAAAGGAGCGAAUAGCCCCACAAAGGCCCACGUCAGCACUUCUCACCGUCCCUACCACGAGCCCAGCGGAAUCGCUAAGGAUCAUCACGGCCCAAAUGAGGACGACUGUGAAGCGCCCAGCUGGGGCAUUUUCCGCUCCAGAAGUUGAAGCAGGAGGUAAUGUUGGGCCAGAAAGUGACAUAUUCUCGUUUGGAUGCAUUUUAUUUCAAGUUCUUGCCAGAGCCACUGGCGGGAUUCGAUUAUUGAAGGAACUCGAUGACAACAGGGCCUCCUUUGAGGAGAAUGGCACUAGAAACGAUCAUUUCUGUCAGAGAAUGGAAGGAAGGAAAGCCAUUCAUAAGGAUGUUAGUCUAUGGUUGAAGACUUCGGACGGCCUUCGAGGGACUUUACCUGAUCGAAGUAUGACCAUGAACUGCAAAAAGUUGAUUGAAAAGACCCUCGAAAUUCCUCCCGAAGCCAGGCCAAGUGCAGCAACCCUUCAUGCCGAAUUGGCCAAGAUUGCCCAUGGCGAAGGGGAGGAAUACUCCUUCGAUAAGCAUUCCAACCUACUAUCUGAUGUUUCCCGUUCAUCCGCAAGCAAGCCAAAGUCUGUGGAUAGACCCCAGAUUUGCAUCAAGCCUUCACCACCAAAGACAGAGCAAGAAGAUCUACCCGAUCGAAUGUCCGUCUUAACCAUGAAGAUGCCAACAAGUCCGCCCAUCUCCCCACGGCCCACGCGAGGCACCUUGGAAAUCAAUGCUCAACCUUUUCAGCCGAUAUCGCAACCACUACCGACUCCUCCUCUCGAUACUGACCAUCAAGAUUCCCCAGAAACUGUACAACCCGGCCCCAUGCCACCAAUGGUGAUGGGUCGAGCACCCCCUCGAAACCGACCAGACAAUCCUCCUCCUCCACCACCACCGAAUUUCUCCAACACCCGGCCCCAAAAUACUAUAGACUUCCAAAGAACGUCAGACCAGCCUCCACUACCUCACUUCUACAACCCGGCAGUCCAAAAUACUGCAUACUUUCAAAGAACGUCAGACCAGCCUCCGCCACGUCACUUCUAUAACCCGACGGCCCGAAAUACUGUAGACUUUCAAAGAACGUCAGACCAGCCUCCACCUCACUUCUACAACAACCCGGCCCAAAAUACUGCAGACUAUCAAUACACCUCACCACUGAUGCCUCUUCCGCAGUCUCCGAUGACUUUUCCAGGGCAGCGCUCCAGAAAGGACUCUGCGCAUACCAGCCAGAGUUUUGUUCAUGAUGUGGUGGCUCGCCGCUCAGAAAGAGGCGAACUCAUACCUUUUACAACCCCGCCAGGUGUCAUUUCAACGAUUAUCUCCUCCACACGUGCGAAAAUUAUAUUCAUCGCACCAAAAGAGGCAGUGGUAUACACAUUAUACGGUCCAGACAGUGAUGCAUAUAGUAAAACGAUUUCUCCACCACAGAACUGCAAGUGGCAGAAUGGAAGCCUCGCCGGGGACUUUGUUGCAUUGUGUAGCGUCUCUGAUAGCCAUAAUACCCAGGGACUUCACCUCUAUAAAUUAUCUCUGAGCUACCACAACCUUAUGGUCCACGAAAUACAACUCAAAACAGAACUCCCUUAUUUUGAAAAGUUUACUGUGUCAAUGGAUGGGAGGCUGCUCCUUGGAAGAUCGAAUACAGUGCGAUUAUAUGAGUCGUGAAUAGUGACGCCGAGGGAAAAGAAUUGCAAAUCCCAGCAUCAGGAGGCAGCAAGUUGCAACGAGUGUGGUUCAGCACAAAUGGCCUUUUAGCCUUUGCGUGGUUCUCUUUGCCAGGGAAUCUAC